GAUCAGAUCACUGGCGCUAGCAACUUAAUUACCAUCUGCAAUAGCGGCUGAUUAUCCGUUAACCUAGCUAUCUAAGCGCGGGGUUAAUCGAUCGAUCAAUCGUUCUCACACAUGGCACCUGCACCCUCGCACUGCCACGCCACGAAUGGCAACAAUGGCGCCAUCGCCGCCUCUGAUACGCCGGUGAAGACACAGCAUUGCGCGCGGCUGCUCGACGCCGACGAGUUCCGGCGUCAGGGUCGUCUGGUUGUCGACCUUAUCGCCGACUACUACGCCGGCAUGGGGGAAUACCCCGUGCACCCCACCGUCAGCCCUGGCUUCCUCCGCCACCGCCUCCCGGCGGAGCCGCCGUCCCGCCGGGAGCCCGACGCGUUCGCCGCGGCGAUGCAGGACGUCCGUGACGUCAUCCUGCCGGGGCUGACGCACUGGCAGAGCCCCCGCCACUUCGCGCACUUCCCGGCGUCGAGCAGCACCGCCGGCGCCCUCGGCGAGGCGCUCGCCGCCGGCAUCAACGUCGUUCCCUUCACGUGGGCCGCCUCGCCUGCCGCCACCGAGCUGGAGAUGGUGGUCGUGGACUGGCUCGGCAAGGCGCUCCACCUGCCGGAGCGGCUGCUGUUCGCCGGAGGCGGGGGCGGCUCCAUCCUCGGGACCACCUGCGAGGCCAUCCUCUGCGCCCUCGUCGCCGCUAGGGACCGCAAGCUGGCGGCGAUCGGCGAGGGGAGGAUCGGCGACCUCGUCGUCUACUGCUCCGACCAGACCCACUUCGCGUUCUGCAAGGCCGCGCGCAUUGCCGGCAUCCGGCGCGAGCAUUGCCGCGAGAUACCGACCUACCGGGACGACGCGUUCGCGCUCUCUCCGGCGGCGCUGCGGGCCGCCAUGCGGCGCGACGCCGACGCCGGCCUGGUCCCGCUGUUCGUGUGCGCCACGGUCGGGACCACCCAGACCACCGCCGUGGACCCCGUCGGCGAGCUCUGCGCCGCCGCGGCGCCGCACGGCGCCUGGGUGCACGUCGACGCGGCGUACGCGGGGUCGGCGAUGGUGUGCCCGGAGCUCCGCGGCGCGGUCGCCGGCGGCGUCGAGGCCGUGGACUCGUUCAGCAUGAACGCCCACAAGUGGCUGCUGGCGAACAACGACUGCUGCGUCAUGUGGGUGAGGACGCCGUCGGCGCUGGUGGCGGCGCUGGGCACGGACCAGGAGUACAUCCUCAAGGACGCCGCGGCGGAGACGGCGGCGGCGGACGGCGGCGAGGGCGUCGUGGACUACAAGGACUGGGGCAUCACGCUGACGCGGCGGUUCCGCGCGCUCAAGCUGUGGCUGGUGCUCCGAUGCUACGGCGUGGAGGGCCUGCGCGAGCACAUCCGGUCCCACGUCGGCAUGGCCGCCGCGUUCGAGGGCAUGGUCAGGGCCGACGCGAGGUUCGAGGUGGUGACGCCGAGGCGGUUCGCGCUGGUGUGCUUCCGGCUCCGGUCACCCAACAAGAAGACGGCGAACGAGCUCAACAGGCGGCUCCUCGAGGAGGUGAACGCGGCCAGCUCGGGACCGUACAUGAGCUCCGCCAAUGUCGGCGGCGUGUACAUGCUCAGGUGCGCCGUCGGCAGCACGCUCACCGAGGAGCGCCACGUCCGGGAAGCCUGGAAGGUUGUCCAGGAUCGGGCUACGUCCAUCCUUUCGAAAAUGGAGAUUAUUAUGUAGAGCGUCAAUAAUAUCACUACAAGAAAAAGCAUUUCCCAGGCGGGGAAAUGGAUCUUCCCAGGGGAACGCCGGCUCCGCCUGCACCCAAGCACAAGCAUCAUACUACGCCUCAUAAAAUGUUAAGCUUAUUUAUACUCACAAGCAUCAUACGCGGCAAAAUAAUGCUGCUGCAUGCGCCUCAUACAAUCUCUUUGAUUUUCACACAAUUUAGUUAUAUAUAAGAAAAAUUUUGUAAUCCUUGAAAAUGUACCUUGAGAUAUCUAAAUUUUAUACUAAUUUUAUUUUACCUCAAGUUACUUGCUA